AUGAGCGUCUUAGAAAGCUUUCAAUGCCAGUCUACCUUCGCCCAAGGUAUAAGUGCCGUUAUUCACGUGGUGUCGCCUUUCUUCCGGAGUGUAGACGAUCCUGAAAAGGACCUUCUUGAUCCUGCGAGGCAGGGGACGGUCAAGGUUCUGGAAGCAUGUCUCAAGCAUGGUGUCCGACGUGUUAUUGUAACAGGAAGCAUCGCUGCAGUCGUUGACCCAACCAAGGUUGACACCGGGAACCCCUUAACCUACGAGCAGGCUGUUUCUAGCGCGCUUCCUGGAAUGGCUGUUUACGCUGUUUCCAAGAAAAUCGCCGAAGAGGCCGCCUUUGAAUUUGGCCGCGAGCAUCCUGAGAUACGCAUUACCGUAAUGAAUCCUACCAUGAUAUAUGGUCCCCUUGUCCUGCCUGCUGACCUGUCGGCCUUGAAUACCUCAUCCCAGGAUAUAUACAAUCUCAUCAGUGGCAAGCUGGAGGAGACAAUGUCACCUGUAUACGCUGAUGUGAGAUAUGUCGCCACGCUCCACGUCAAAGCUCUGAAGGUCGAUGAAAAUGAAGCAAGUCUCUUCAUUUCCCUUCCGUCUUUCUACCGUAUGUUUAUGUGUUUUCUAGAUGGAUCACCGAAGGGAAUCUACAGGCGAAUAUUUUCGGGGAAAGAUUAG